CUUAUAAUUAUAUGUCAAAAAAUCUCUCAAAUUAUCCAAGACCUUUACACGAUAUUGAUCCAGCAUUAGUUUAUAAUUCGGAUUAUAUGACAACUAAUAGCUCAAAUAAAUCCAAUGCAUCAACACAAAACACAGCUUAUAAUACUACACUAUCAGACGAAAAUGCAAAUAGAUUUCGAGCUUCAACGUCAUUUUAUGAAAAUAGAUCUGCAACAUCUAGAAACUUGAUUACACCAGAAAGACGAUAUAGAAGUUUGUCACAAAUGUCUUUAGAUGAUAUAUCAGAUUCACAUUCUUUAACGGGUUAUGAUUUAAUGAGCAAUCAAAGUCAAGAAUCUUUUGUAACUCAACAAAAUUCUAAUAAAGAACAUGUUUCAAGACCAAAUACGUCAUUUCAACGUACUUCAUCCUUACCAGCAACUUCCUGUGAUACUCCUACUUGGAAUUCUAGUAACAAUCCACAAAAUUAUUAUUGUCAACCUAGAGAAAAAAUUUCAAGUAUAGAUAUGCAACUUCAACGUGCUUCACGCUCACCAACAAAUUCUUAUAAUACGACUGCUAAUAUUGAUUCACAAGCAUUGAACUUUUCAGAUGAGGAAUCAUUAGUUAAUUGGUUGUGCACACGACCAGAUUUAAUUGCUCAAGUACAAAGAUUGUCAACAACUUCUUUAUUGCAUAAGAGUGAAGUUAAUACUUCUGAACCAUUUGACAAAGAAACUAUAAUAAAUUUG